GUGUGGACAAUAUCCCUGGAAUCGAAUAGUAAAGUCAACAAUAAUGCUAUAUUAUUAGAAUACAUACCUUUUGUGAGAUAUUUAUAAUAAUUUCGAUUAAAAAACGCUGAAACAAUUAAAUCUUCGUGACACCUGUAGCGAAAUUUAACAACUUGUUAGCUUUGACAUCCCCGUCGAAAGCUUUCCAACAACAGCAAACUUUUUAUACAGAGCAUGACUAAUCGAAUUAUAGUUCAUAUCUGUAUAUUGGCGACCCAAAACUACCCAAAAUUGAAUGGGGGAUACACAAUUUUUGAACAACAACAAAUUAGUUAUGACGAAUGUGUAAUCGUUACACAUUUUUUAUAUAAUCCAAUUUUUCCGUGUUCGUUCCAUUCUACAUGCGGUGAGUUUCGGAGACUCGGUGAAUUUUACAUACUUUCCCAGUUCUUUCUGUUUUUGAAGUUCCUCUCCGUUGAAAUAACUACAAAGUAUGUAAAAUUGGAGAUGACGACGUUGUGCUUCUCACUCGCACUACCAGAAAUUCAGUAUGUGUUUUGCAUCCUACUUGCACGCACACAACUUUUCCAAAACUACCGGUUAAGUCUUUCCGAAAACAUCAAGAUUUCUUCGCUCCUCUCGGUCCCGAAGCGACAUGCCGAUUCCACCAUAGUUCCGGCCGCAACCAAGCAAACAAAAAGCAUGGGAUUUACAACCUCACCGGCCAAUCCCGGGUCUUCUGGACACCCAGCCCCAGAAUCUGCAACCCAAUGACCAGCCCAAGCUUACCGAUGUCCUGAAAUGACCAAUGUUUUAACGGUGGUUUCUGGUUUACCCAUCAUGCUAUGGCUACUUCAAAAUUAUCCCCAGCGAAGAACUUCUCGGGUCAACCAACGGAGCCAGUUUGCUUUAAUUUUA